AUGUCAUCUCUGCGCCGGUAUGCCUGCCAAAGACUUGCGGUAUCUUUGAUAUCCCCGUGUCUUUCUCGGACAUCUUUGCAGCAUGCCAGGGCAACUAGAUUAGUCCGCACUACCUGUACCGCUUCUAAGGCUCGCAUAUCUCACACUGCACAUACAGUCUGCCCUUCUCCUGAGCUUCCCACACCUUCUGCAGAGACUAAACCUGAGGUUUACCCACCGUCUUCAAAAGCACUCCUUCUGGCCUUGCACAGGAUCCAGGCAGGAAUAUAUACAUCAACCACUCAUGCGGGCCUUUCGUGGAGUCUGGCUGGAAGGUCUGGCGAGGAAGAUAAAGUAUUUCUGGCGCUGGAAGCUAGCUUAAAUGCGACCCGUCCUGUACGAGUUGAAUACUCUCUCCUAGUUGCUCGGUAUUUGCAUCAAAUUUACCCGUUGCUACGGUCAGAUACCACAAAAGAGAGUGAUUUCAACCAUGCUCUCCUCCGGGUGUUUGACGACAAUGCCUUGGCAUACUUGUCCAAGAGGGGACAUUAUGUGGGUGAUGUGAUGGCAUGGUCGUGGAUAUUGGCUACACCCGACGCCUUCACGGCGAUUAUGCGAUACAAGCGGUUGGCGCAAGAAACCCGAGUUCCAAUGUUCGUUCUUAUGUUCCUCUUGCGACGAAUUGAUAUCGACGAGCUUAGUUUCGACUUACUCUUGAAGCAAUGCCAGGUUGUGUUGAAGUCCAUGGUUCAAACUAAACCGCAUUCUUCAGAUAUGGAACCUAGCUCCUCUUCAAUGCCAGAACAGCUGCUAAAGAAUGGGGAUCGUGCAGUCGUUAUAGCCAUCCUUACUCGCUUGGCCAACUUAGCUCGCAAGGUGGCUCCUAGGACCCUGGUCAACGUAGCAAAAAUGUUCACAUCCACAUUUGCUAGUCUUACAGCGACCAAGGAUCUGGGUCAACUUGGCCCGAAAAAAGCACGCCGAAUAACUGUGCUUUACAAUAAGUUCAUCCAACGUCUCGCGGGAUGGUGCAGAGUAGAGCCUUAUCAUUCUGCCAAAGUACAGCAAAAGGCAGUAUUCCAUAUACUACGAGAAAUGGAAACUUUCAACCCUCCUCUACCAGUCAACAAAGCAACCUACCAGGCCAUAACUCAGAUCUUACUUGCCUGUACAAUGACAAAAGCAGAAAAACAGUGGGAUAGCUUUAAAGCCGUCUCUUGGCCCCCGUGGAAAGAAGACAAGCUGGGAAUUGAUGCAGAGAAGACAGAGGGAAGCAAAAGCAAAGCCAUGGAAUCCAUCACUCAAAUGCAGCAGGCAGGCUACCAUUUCACCGAAUGGGAUAGGGCGGCGUCUGUUGUAGCAGGCUGGGAUACUGAUGGAACACCAACCAUCCAGAAAAGGACAAGGCUUCCAAGCCCGAACUCGGAUUUGGAGGGGCAAUACCUUCAUCCAGAUCCUGAACCGCUGGUAUGGGCUGCUCGGAUUCGGGCAACUAGAACGGUUCGGGAGGCCUGGGCAUGCUAUGUGUCCUCUCAACAACAGAACGUUCCUCUUACAGAGCAAAUUAUUCAUGAAAUAGUUGAAAAAUUCAUCUCAUAUGAGAGAAUACAAGACCAAUUCGAUCAAUUGGAGGAAUUCGGAUCCCAGGCUCCGAUCUCUGUACCUUCUGAUGGUGGUAAGGAGGUACAUCCUGAACCUACCUCACCGCGCGAUGUUAUAUACGUUCCGUCUGAGCCGCCAACGCUACCCCAGUUUUUACAACAAACGUUUUCACGAGAUUUCCCGCUACCGGAUAAAGUACUGGUCUUGGUACUUAGACAUACUUCAUCUCUUAAGCAAGGGCUAGAUUAUAUCGAUCAUAGCACUCUUACAGAUGACCAGAUACAUGCUCUGUUCGCUCCCUCCUCCAAGAACAGCCAAGAGAGAAUGAAGGCUCUCGGCUCCAUCCAUGACGUGAUGUUUUCCGCUGUCAUACGGUUCCUAUGCAGAUGCGCCUCGCACAGUACUGUGAACCGUAUUCCAAACCGAACCGAAGCUCUGAAUGCCAUGUUCCCUAUUCUCGUACCAGGGUGUUCAGACCUAGAGCUAACUCAGGGUCGUGCUUUGACCCAUGCCGUUUUUCUUAUGGAACAACGCGUCCCACGGUACAUGCCUGCCUGGCAUAACGUUUUCAAAGCCAUAGCCAUUGGUAGUCGGCCAUACUACGAUUUUAGAAGGCUUGAGCUGGCGCCAGGUGUGAAUCGAGUCUUUGCUUGGGAAGAGACGCUAAGGCUAGUUGAGUAUAUGAAGGCAAACUCUAUAGUGCUAGAUCUGAGGUGUAUUCAACUCCUUUGCAAUGGGUUGGUAGGGCUGUUGCAGGCUCUCCGCCUCAACCCAAGCGCUGUUAAGGCGGGGAGAAGGGCAAUAUCCCGUCUUCAGCUCCCAGACUCCUAUAUUACGCUGGGAAGACCGUUGGCGACACGAACCUCUAAUGAAAUGGUUGAACAUGCCCUCACGCAGCUGAGACUCCACGUCAACCAAUUUCUGCCUCUCAAGAGAGGGCAGCACAGCCGCCCUUUGUCGGUUGAUGGACUCUCGAUCGCGCCGGUGAUACCGACUCCUUCCAUCCUCCAUUCACUAAUCCGAGCGUUCGGGCGUGGGAAAGAUCGAAAAUCCAUCGUGGCCAUUCUCCAUGUGCUGCAAGCAGAAGCCCACGAGCUCAAACGGGUGACCAACGAACGGCGUGGGGGUCGCAGAAUGCUCCGUCGAGCAGUUAUUGCCUCCAGGGCCUUUCUUGAAAACGACCUGACAGGCUUGAGAGAGGAUGAGGAGUGCAGAGGGCGAACUCAUCAACACACCCACCCCCUGGUACAAGAGGCACGUAUCCUCGUGGAUGAAACCGACAUGCUGGCUCCCUGGCCAUCAGAUGAAGAGGUGGAUGCAUAUAUCCAGCAUGAGAUACUCGAUAACUUCACAGGCCAUGAUGAAGCGAUGUAG